GCCACAAGGACCUGUGCAUCGGCGAUAAGGUCCGCUUUUCGGCGAAGGUGGGCAAACAGGGACGGGCUGAAGCCGUACAGCUGGAGCCAUUCCGUGAGAUUGAGGAUGACGGUGAGGAUGGACCGGAGAUGAUCGGCACCAUCAAGUCCUUCGAUGAAUCCUCAGGCUAUGGCUUCAUCCAUGGUACGCGGAUCACGCAGGAGUAUGGUCGGGAUGUCUUCCUUCACCGAAAGCAGCUCAAGAGCUUCAAAGUAG